AUGUCCGCCCAGAAUCAGCUGAGUGCCCUUCAUACAUACAAAGGCGUCCUCUUCUCCUCCUUGUCUUCCGAAGAAGUCCUUAAAUCCUUGGAUUCCUUUGAUGCCAGAGAAGACGAUGUAUUUCUGGUUUCCUACCCCAAGUCUGGCACUCAUUGGGUGGCAGAGGUCGUUGAGAACAUUCCCAGUGCUGGAAUUACUCUCACGUCUCCUAUUGAAUUGGGAGACAUUUCAAAAUUUGAAGAGCUAAAAAUGCAUUCGAAGAGAAGAGUCAUUCCAACGCAUUUGAGCUACGACAUGCUACCUGUGACCGUUAAACAAAAACAAUGCAAGAUUAUCUAUAUUGUCAGAAAUCCGAAAGAUACAGCCGUCUCUCUCUUCUACUACUACAAAGACAACCCCAAUCUUCCCUCCAUUGAAACAUGGGCUGCGUUUUUAGAGCUAUUUCUCAAAGGAGAUGUUGUGUAUGGCUCCUGGUUUGAUCACGUUUUGGGCUGGGAAGAACACAAAAAUGAUAAGAAUAUCCUAUUCAUAUUCUAUGAAGAGAUGAAGAAGGAGUUUGCUAAAAGCCUAAAGAAAAUAACUACUUUUCUUGACAUCAACGUGAGUGACAGCGAAAUGAGUAAGAUUGCUCAGAAGACAUCGUUCAGCACUAUGAAAAAUAACGCAGUCAAAGAAAACUGUGACCCUAACCACAUCAUCUGUGCCCUCACAUCUGACAGGAACCUGGUAUUUAGAAAAGGAGUGGUAGGUGACUGGAUAAACUACUUCACUCCGAAGCAGAAAACAGUCUUUGAUGAACUAUUCGGAGAGAAAAUGAAACACAGUGAACUGGGAAGAUGCUUGCAGGAGUACUUGUAAU